CUCAAUGACAGCUCUAGCUAUAAAUAUACAAUAAAAAUAUUGCAAACUUUACCGGCCGGCAAAUGGAACUGGAGCUGGACAUUAUUGAUUCGCUGGAAGCCCUUGGUUACAAGGGAGUGCAGCAAGAGAAAUUAGCCCAAUCAUUAAAUGAGGGUAUUGGCAGCGGAGAGCUACGUGAAGUUAUUUUCUGGCUUGCCAAUGAACUACAUUUGUUGCGAAAGACCGAUGAGCAUGUGGCGUCAAGCAAGAAGGACCAUGAUGAUUUUGCAUUUGAGCUUUCGCUGCUGCUAACUGAGCUGGGAUGCCCUUAUCAACAGUUUGUGGCUGUGCCCAUGUCGGAGCGCUUUCAGACACGCGAGUCAUUGUUGCAACUUUUGGACUAUUUGACAUCAGAGCUGAUGGCAACAAAGAUGUCGCUAAAACUACAACCCAAGCAGGCGGAACCACCCAACAAGAAAUGCAAGACUGAAUCUCAUUUGGAGCAAACUGUGGAGCAGCUGGCAAGUGACUUACAGCUGGGUGAGUUGCCUAAGAACAUGAACAGCAAAUCGUUCUUUGAGCGCUUGAUGCCGCGUCUAGAGCAGCGCUUGAAACAAACCAAUCCAGCGGUGCUCAGCGAACCGCUGCUUAAGACCAAAAAGCCACUGACUGAUGCUCAAUGGCGUGUGCUGGAUGCUAUGCACAAGGAUCUGGACGCUGAAUACAAUCUGAGACGUCAAAUGAUGCUGACGAGACUGGAGGCAACCGUGCAGAGUUUUCAGUGGUCCGAGAGCAUGAAGCAUCGCCAGAAUGAGAUUGCCGAACGUUUUGAGCGCAAGCUCAAGGAGCUGGAGCAGCUAAAGGAUGGCGGCAGCGAUACCAACAUUGUGGCUCUGCUGGCUGCACGUGCAGAUUUGGCCAUAAUCGAAAAGACGAGCUCGGUGAAUGUGCGCAAGAAUACAGCUUCUAAAAUAGAGAAACAUGUGAUAGGCAGUGUGCCGGAUCGUGGCGGACGCGCUAAUGAGCAUGCACCUCCGCCGCCGGAGAUGCCAUCCUGGCAACAACAGCGUGCUGGUGGACCAGCUGGUGGCGGACGUGGAGGUGGCGGUGGGAACUUCCGCGGCGGCAAUAGAGGACGCGGUGGAGGAGGAGGCGGUGGCGGGCAUCAUCAGCCGCAAUACCAAAAGCCGCCAAAUUAUCAAGAGCAGCCUCAACAGCAGCGUGAGCGUGAUCAGCAAUGGCUGCAAAGCAGCGGACGUGUGCAAGGCACUGGCUGGAAUCCUCAAGCCGGCGGACGGGGCGGUGGUGGCGGCUACCAACAACGCCAGCGUGGCGGCAAUCAGCGUGGUGGCUUUCGAUAAGGCACACGGCUAAUACAAUCAAUAUUUAUAUAUGUACACUUAACGACAGCUUAGAUUAUAAUUAGAAUGAAUAAAUAAUUUGUUGCUGUGGAGCAUCAACACCUAACUCAGUGAAUAACUCUGUG